AUGUUCUUUCAUUUAUUCUAUAAAAUAACCAUGCCAAUUACUAAACGUCUCUUCAUUAAAGCAAGUAACAGUUAUGAUAAAGGAUUUCAGAUUGUUCCCGUAAACACCGAACAGCCAUUAGAAGUCAAUUCAGAUAUUGGUUUAUUCAAAUUAUAUAUCAACAUUAAAAAAUUCGAUGGAUCUAAACCUCAUUUAUCAAACAGUUUAUACAAUUUAGAAGAUAAAACAUUCUUAAAUGGUGAAAAAAUAGAUUUUCCUCCUCCAGAAAAGGAAAAAGUAGAAAGCAAUUUACGAAUGUACAUUGAAUUCACUCCAAAUAAAGAUAUCAAAGGUUCAUCAUUAAUUUUUGGCAAUGAUUUCACUUAUUCCAUUAAAGAAUAUGUCCCUGCCACUUUGUUAAACACUGGUUUAAAAAUCUUCAAUUGGUUUAUCAAUGAUUCAAUUAAGGGUGAUGCAUACACUGAUAAGCCUUAUUUAUAUGGUCCUGGAUUGAACAGUUUCACGUAUAUGGCAAUCGAUAAUGGCAACUCAGUAGUGGAUCCUCAUGCUAAAAAAUUGGUUGAAAACUUGUCAGAUCAAUUAGAUGGAGUUCCAAAUGAUCCUAAUUCAAGAAAGAAACAUUUUCAUAAUUUCUCCAAAUGUGAUACAUUCACGUAUAAAAAGGGAGUCAAGUAUAUUUUGCAAUUUGAUACUAAUUAUCUUAAACUUGCAGAUUCCAAUUAUUCAGUGUGUUUACCAAGAUUUGAUUUCAAUGUUAAUCGUUAUGCCAAUGAUGUUUUAAACAAUGUUAAUUUUGUUAUCAAAGAAGAUGGAUAUGAUGCUGUAGGUCAUGGUAAUUUAGGUUUAGUGGUUAACUUUUCUGUAUUGCUGGAAGAUUCAGACGAAUAA